UCCUCCCCAACGACCCCCUGCUCCGCCGUCACUCACCCUCCUGUCGCAUAAGACUCGGAGCGCGCACCCGCCGCAGCAGUGUCGCCACUGCUGGGGUGCCUGCGGAGAGGAAGGGGCGCGCGGGGGAGGCUUAUGCAGAUGUCAGGUGGCUACGGGAGGCGGGGCCAGAGGGUGGAAACCAGUGGUGCAGGGGACCCGGAGGCUCCGCCUCCAACAUGGCCGCCUCCAGGGGGCUGGUUGGAAGUCGUCCCUCCACCGUCAUGUGACGCAGCCCCUCGCCCCACCCGUCUGCAGCCACUCCCUGUCUCCGUCCCCAAGCUCGAGAAGGCCACGUGACCCUUCCAGGGCCAGUCACACCAUUCUUGGAGAAACACAGGAGGAGGAGGAUGAGAUCCUUCCAAGGAAAGACUAUGAGAGCUUGGAUUAUGAUCGCUGUAUCAAUGACCCUUACCUGGAAGUUUUGGAGAGCAUGGAUAAUAAGAAAGGUCGAAGGUAUGAGGCGGUGAAGUGGAUGGUGGUGUUUGCCAUUGGAGUCUGCACUGGGCUGGUGGGUCUCUUUGUGGAUUUUUUUGUGCGACUCUUCACCCAGCUCAAGUUUGGAGUGGUACAAACAUCGGUGGAAGAAUGCAGCAAGAAGGGCUGCCUCGCCCUGUCCCUCCUUGAACUCUUGGGUUUUAACCUGACGUUUGUCUUUUUGGGGAGCCUUCUUGUCCUAAUUGAGCCAGUGGCAGCAGGUUCGGGGAUACCUGAGAUCAAAUGCUACCUGAAUGGCGUGAAGGUGCCGGGAAUUGUCCGUCUCCGGACCUUGAUCUGCAAAGUCUUUGGAGUGUUCUUCAGUGUAGCUGGAGGGCUCUUUGUGGGGAAGGAAGGUCCCAUGAUCCACAGUGGAGCAGUGGUGGGAGCUGGCCUACCUCAGUUCCAGAGCAUCUCCUUCCAGAAGAUCCAGUUUAACUUCCCCUAUUUCCGAAGUGACAGAGACAAGCGAGACUUCGUAUCAGCUGGAGCGGCUGCCGGAGUUGCUGCAGCUUUUGGAGCCCCAAUUGGGGGCACCUUGUUCAGUCUGGAGGAAGGCUCAUCCUUUUGGAACCAAGGGCUCACAUGGAAAGUGCUCUUUUGUUCCAUGUCUGCCACCUUCACCCUCAACUUCUUUCGCUCUGGAAUUCAGUUUGGAAGUUGGGGUUCCUUCCAGCUCCCUGGAUUGCUGAACUUUGGCGAGUUUAAGUGCUCUGACUCUGAUAAAAAAUGUCAUCUCUGGACAGCUAUGGAUUUGGGUUUCUUCGUCGUCAUGGGGGUCAUUGGGGGCCUCCUGGGAGCCACAUUCAACUGUCUGAACAAGAGGCUUGCAAAGUACCGUAUGCGAAACGUGCAUCCGAAACCUAAGCUUGUCAGAGUCUUAGAGAGCCUAUUGGUGUCUCUGGUAACCACUGUGGUGGUAUUUAUGGCCUCGAUGGUGCUAGGAGAAUGCCGACAGAUGUCUUCUUCGAGUCAAAUUGGUAAUGACUCAUUUCAGCCCCAGGUCAUGUCAGAAGAUGUGAAUUCAAGUAUCAAGACCUUUUUUUGUCCCAAUGAGACCUACAAUGACAUGGCCACCCUCUUCUUCAAUCCCCAGGAAUCAGCCAUCCUUCAGCUCUUCCACCAGGAUGGUACUUUCAGCCCCAUCACUUUGGCCUUAUUCUUCGUCCUCUAUUUCUUGCUUGCCUGUUGGACUUACGGCAUUUCUGUUCCAAGUGGCCUUUUUGUGCCUUCUCUGCUGUGUGGAGCUGCUUUUGGACGUUUAGUUGCCAAUGUGCUAAAAAGCUACAUUGGAUUGGGCCACAUCUAUUCAGGCACCUUUGCCCUGAUCGGUGCUGCAGCUUUCCUGGGUGGGGUUGUCCGCAUGACCAUCAGCCUCACAGUCAUCCUGAUUGAGUCCACCAACGAGAUCACUUACGGGCUCCCCAUUAUGAUCACACUGAUGGUAGCCAAAUGGACAGGGGACUUUUUCAAUAAGGGCAUUUACGAUAUCCACGUGGGCCUGCGAGGAGUGCCACUUCUGGAAUGGGAGACGGAGGUGGAAAUGGACAAACUGAGAGCCAGCGACGUCAUGGAGCCCAACCUGACCUACGUCUACCCGCACACCCGCAUCCAGUCCCUGGUCAGCAUCCUGCGCACCACGGUCCACCACGCCUUCCCGGUGGUCACGGAGAACCGGGGCAACGAGAAGGAGUUUAUGAAGGGCAACCAGCUCAUCAGUAACAACAUCAAAUUCAAGAAAUCCAGCAUCCUCACGCGGGCCGGCGAGCAGCGCAAGCGGAGCCAGUCCAUGAAGUCCUACCCAUCAAGCGAGCUGCGGAACAUGUGUGACGAGCACAUCGCCUCCGAGGAGCCGGCAGAGAAGGAGGACCUGCUGCAGCAGAUGCUUGACAGGAGAUACACUCCCUACCCCAACCUAUACCCUGACCAGUCCCCGAGUGAAGACUGGACCAUGGAGGAACGCUUCCGCCCACUGACCUUCCAUGGCCUGAUCCUUCGGUCGCAACUGGUCACCCUGCUCGUCCGAGGAGUUUGUUAUUCUGAAAAUCAGUCAAGUGCCAGCCAGCCGCGCCUUUCUUAUGCGGAGAUGGCCGAGGAUUACCCACGGUACCCUGACAUCCACGACCUGGACCUGACACUGCUGAACCCACGGAUGAUCGUGGACGUCACCCCAUACAUGAACCCCUCACCCUUUACUGUUUCACCAAAUACCCACGUCUCCCAAGUCUUCAAUCUGUUCAGAACGAUGGGCCUGCGGCACUUGCCGGUGGUGAACGCUGUGGGAGAGAUCGUCGGGAUCAUCACACGGCACAACCUGACGUAUGAGUUUCUGCAGGCCCGGCUGCGGCAGCACUACCAGAGCAUCUGACGGCCUGCUCGGCUUCACCCUGCCUGUGCCGCUGCCUGUCCCCCCCGCCUCCCCGGAGCUGCCCAGGGAGCCGGCUCGCUCCCAUUCCAGCCUGUCCAGCUGGCUGGGGCCAUUCCAGGGCACGAAAGAUUCCCAGUCCCCACUCGUUUGGAAAGCCUGGAACUGUCGAACACUUGGCUGGUCGGAGACCCCUAGGGAGGGUAUUUGAACCAUCAGAGUUGGGACUUCUGAACUUUCUCAGCACGUAUCUUCCCAUUUCUUGCUCCCCAUGUUUCUACCAUCCAGUGUUGGCACAGGCGGGCCCCAGGCCCCCCUGGAGCCAGACCAGAGGUGGAAGUCAGGCCCCAGCCACCAGGGGGCCACAAAGCCGUUGUUCCGCCCCUCUGUGCUGCUUUCCUACAGAACCCAGCUGUUGCCUUAAACCUGGGAGGGACUUUGGCCAAGGCAAACACUAGGGGGAUGCCAGUUGAAAAAUUCAGUUAAUACCAAUUUAGGAAUUGGGCCCUGAGAAAAUGAUCUAGGCUGCAGGGAGGCCUUCAUUUGUUGGGACUCUCGAUACCGUCUCUAGUUCAUUUGGAGGGAAAUGUUCUGCUUCUGGGGUGUGAGCAGGUCCUCUAGGCUUGCCCUGUGGUUUGACUCUUUGCAGCCAACACCUUCCAGAAGCACAAAGCAUUACAACCCCAGUAAUAGUCUUUGAAUGGAAAAUCUUCAAAUAGGGACAGAAGUACACCCACCCUCGUUUUUAACACUUUAGCUUUCUCCGCAUUUUGCAAAUUCCUCAAGGUCUCCUAGGAACACAUUUCUUCUCUGAUCUGGCCCUGGGCCUUUUCAUCUCCACAGAUUCCUAAACCUUCCUUACCUUUUCGUUACGUCUUCCUGGUGAAGUGACCACAGCCAGGAUCUUGGCACCACCCUCAAAGUUAACUGAAAGCAGGGCACCCCUCAGUGAAACUGCUAACUUCACUUGGAGGAGUGGCACAGUUUUUUAUAAGUUGGAAGGAAGGAGAGUCCUGAGCCAUUGACCACUAAAAGGUAAGAGAAGCAGCUUGAAAAGCCAGAGUGUUAACGUGAAAGCAGAUGGUUUAUUCGAGGAAGAGGGUAUCCACCUUUUAAACUUCUCCCACUCCUCGGCCGGUAGGCAUCCCCAACUUACUGGAAUUCAGAAAUGGAAACUACCAGAGGGCCUGCGAUGCUAUAGUAGGAGGUGUUCCCUGUCAGCAUGAAACACAGGAACCCCCUCGUUUCUUUCAGUAACUUAGUUUCUCUCCAGGCACGUUAAAAUCAGCCCCCCUUCCUGAAUAGGCACCAAAACCGAGCCUUUGGGUCUCAGGCAGGCACUUAGUUUCCUCCUGCUUCUGCUCGCUUCCCUACGCGUUUAUCAGCACCUUCAUCCCAACAGGCAACCCUGGGCGUUUAUCAGCACCUUCAUCCCAACAGGCAACCCUGGGGCGGGUGUGCUGAGGGACUCGGGACGGCAGCCUGUUGUCUCACCCACAUCGCCACACCAACUGCCUUUGCCAAGCCUGCCUCUCAGGCUGCGGGUGGGGGCAGCCUUGGCUUGGCCAGUUAAGCUCUUGAGCUCAGCACUCUUGGGAAGUAUCCCACGUAAGUGAGUUGCUGCUUCUAGAUCUUUUCCAAUUGACUGCGGCCCCCUGCAUUCAACCCCAUUAUCUCCUUGACCAAAAUCCAUUUCUGAAGUUCUCAGCUUCCCUCCGUGCAUCUGGACCCCCAAUCAAUAGUUCAGGAAAUCACAAGAUCAAAAAGGUAAACAGUCCAAAUACGACCACGCCCCACUAGCUGCUGCUCUGUUUUACGGAGGUGUCCAGAGCUUGGCCAUAUCCUUCCUUUAUUAAGAAGAAACUGAAUUACCAAGUCAGAAGAGUGGUGUGACAGCUUGUCACGGACACUGAGUCGUUCCCCACCCCCCCCCGCAGGGCGGGUCCCCUGCCCCCGGCCUUGAGGCCACCCUGGGGUGAUCGUUCUGGAAUUUUUCCCUCGUGCACAUCACAUUAUAUUUGAGUCACCGGAUAUUUUGUUCCUGGAGAUAGACAGGAGAAUGCAAAUGGCACCCUCCCCUCCUGAAACAACUGGAUGACUGCCAAGGAGGAUCCAGGGCCCAGGUCCUCUGCAGAGGCGCACUGUUUCCUUACCUCCCAUCUGCGUCUGCCUUUCAGAAAAGCCCAAAGACAGCAAUUUUUCCACUUACGACAAAAUAAUUGUAAGCCUCGUCCUUUGAGUUCUGUGUUAGAAACCAGACCAACACUUCUAACAUCUUCCCAAUUCCCCAGCCCCAGAGAGCUGAACUUCCAUCACCUCCCAGUGACAAGGCACCUCAGUAAAACAGACCCCCACAGGGGCAGGGCCUGAGGCUGCCUGGAGGUGCUUUCUGCAUCUCCAGCUUGGUGUGCUGUGGUUGAGAUGACAGAAGGGGCACAAGAGUCUGGUCCUGCCCUUCACACUCUAGGGAUGAUUUGAUCCUGACGUAUAACUAACGGUUCCCAGCUGGAGCAGAAAGUUGCUCGCUAGGCCCAGGCAACCGUAUCACAUUCCUGAGGCAAAAUCGCACAGCGACCCGGCCCUGGUGGACGGAGGAGAGCGCCUCCUUGAGGGCCUGUGCGGUAUUGACGGGCAGUGUUGCCCCAGUUCCUGUGGACUUUGGCCAUUUCACAGCAGCAGCUUUCUCUUUUGUUUGCACUGUUUGUUUAUACAGUAAUGUUAGCUAAUUCCACUGUGUAUAUAAAUUGUAUUUUUUUUAAUUUGUAAAAAUCUAUUUUUAUUUGAGCUUUUGGAACUUGGAAGUUCUCAUCGUAACCGUAACAUGUCAGAAUAAAAUGUCUUCAUCUGUCUCCUUUA